AGCCCGGGGAGCGGGUUCUCGCGCACAGGGACCACAACUCCCAGGGUGCUUCGCGUCCUCGCCGCUGUCGCCGCCGCCGAGACCAAGAUGGCUGCGAGAGUCGGCGCCUUCCUCAAGAAUGCCUGGGACAAGGAGCCAGUGCUGGUCGUGUCCUUCGUCGUCGGGGGCCUCGCUGUAAUUCUGCCCCCAUUGAGCCCCUACUUCAAGUACUCCGUCAUGAUCAACAAGGCCACGCCCUACAACUACCCAGGGCCCUGGAGACGUGCUGGUCUCAGUGGCCCACCUCCUGCCCCACAGUGCCCGUCCGUGAUGAUGGGAACAUGCCCGACGUGCCCAGCCACCCCCAGGACCCCCAGGGCCCCAGCCUGGAGUGGCUGAAGAAACUGUGAGCACCUCCACUGACAGAGGCGGCCCCUCCCACGGCUCCCAAUAAAAAUGUGAAAACCAA